AUGGCCAAGGGUACUCAUACGGACGUCGUGGUUAGCUUGGAGACAAGCUCGUUGCGCUCGGGCAUCGAAAUGGAAUGCGAGGGCGAGGAAACCUCUGAGCCCAUAUACUUCCUCCCGAUCCUUUCACAUUUGCCGCGGUACCGCAUCAAAGUGGAGAAGGGGAAGGAUGAGGAUGAGCCCACAGACGACCCGGCUAUACUCGUGAAGCGAUUCGCAAUAGACUCCAUUGUGCUCCAAUGUUCUGGUUCUCGCCAAGGGCAUUUCCGCCGCAUUGGGUGCUUGCAAAUUGCCAUGUACUGGGACAUUUGA